GUUUGUUUACACCUGACACGCAGGUGGGCGGCGCCGGCUGACCUCCCGCGAGGGGUCAUGACGCCUUUGUGUGGCGCCUCUCCUGACGUGAUUCAGUUGCUUUAGCUUACCGGGGCCUGGAGGGGAGAGGCCACAAGUAUAGACGCGCAAUUAGCCACAGGAAGCCAAGAACUCCACAUAAUGCCCAAGGAAAGGUUCUGCAGUGGACAUUGCUUAGAAAGGAGACUCAACUAAACAUGUAGGGGGAAGAUGGAAGGCAGCGAAGAUGAGGAAAAUACAGAUCCAGAUAGAGCAGCCUUUGGUGAUGAGUACAGGGACAGUGAAGGGGAGGCUGACACUCUAGGGAGGAGGACACAUGGACAGUCUUUAGAGAGAAGUGAGAAGUCCAGUUGGUCAAGGAGAAGCAGGGCAGCAGGAUGUGAGGAAGUAGUAGAUGCAUCACUAGAGGACCAAACAGGAACAUCACAAGAGAGUUUACAUUCCAGUGGAAGAAGGUCGAUUACAAGAGAGAAGAGCAUGUCGAAUUACCACACUCUCCACCGCCACAGAGGCUUAGGGAGGUUUGAGGGUAACGGCCAAGACGAUUUUGAGUUUGACCAAAGCUCUGAAGGGGAGAGUCAAAGAAGACGAGACAUGUCAAGUGAAGAGGGAGUGACUGAUGAGGAGAAUGGAGGGGAGACUGUUAUAGAGACAAGCUGUGAUGAGACAAGUUUCAACACCUCCAUCUACUCAUACAAGGAAACCGGCAGCUCCUCAGAAAUUUCCAUUGACCCUGUGGUGUGGAAAAAGUUUAAGUUUCUUUCAUCUAUAUUGAAGGAGACGCAGCACAACCUCCGGGCAAUGGAUGACCUUAUUCUAGAGCACCAUAGACUUCAAGGACAGCCUGCAGCCCUCCCACAGCCUUCCCAAGCCCUCCACCAGGGGCUUGGUGAGGGGGAAGCUAAGACUGACGAGGCCAAAUUAGAGGAGAUUCUCAGCCUCCUUCACCACCUAACACACACCCUCUCAUCCUACGAACAGCAUCCUCUCCUGGCCUCAACUCCUCAUCUUCAAGUGAUCAGCACAUCCUUGCACCCUGACUCAGCACAGCAGCAAGCACAGAGCUCCUUCAGGGGAGAGGGCACUGGGAGGGAAGCCACUGUGGCCCUGUGUCACCCCUCACCCCUAGAGGGCCCAGGACCUGCUGGCCAUACCCUUCAGCCAUGCACUCACCUUCCUUCCUUAGGUCAGCCACUCAGUCCCAGCAAAGAUGCCAAAUUUACUGAAAGCUGUGAGGGAAGGAGUGUCAGCUUUACCACCCCAGCAGCAGGUGGCACUUACAAUGGCUUCACACCGAGCUUCCAGAUUAGCCCCGACUCCGUUGAUGCCAGGCUGCUGCGUGACACCCGCCAGGGGAUGACAGGGGAUGCACACUCACAUGUCUCCUCCCACUACUUGUUGAGCAACAGGAAUGUUGAUAACAUGUCACCAAGGCCUAUGGUGUCUGAGCUUUCCAAAGCCCACAAGAAGGACACUGUGAGCCAGACUGAUCCCUUCCUUCUUGUGCCAAGGCUCAGUGAGGAGCGUCAGCCUCCCCACAAUGGGUUCACCAGCCAAGCUUACCCACCAGAGAGUCUUCACAGCCACCAAGAACCUCUUCACCACCCACUCAUGAAGGAAACCAGGUCACUACGGAAAGAUAUUGACGACAUCGUGGCCAGGAAACAAGCCCUAGACUCACGCUUACAGUCCCUUAUAGCUCACCGAGCCAUGCAGAGGGAACUGGAGACUACAGACUUUGAUGAGACGAGACAGAAACUCACACCACUGACCAAGAGCAAAAGUCUAGAGGACAGUGAGCUGAGGAAAUCAAAAUCAAAACAUCGAAAGUACAAGUCAAGGAGCAAGAGCUAUGAGGAGGAAAGUCAGGUUAGUCAGGUCAGGAGGAGAAAUGGUUCACAGGAAAGCUACCUCAGCAUGAUAAAUGAAAACCAAGAUGAGUUUCCCAGCCUCACCAUGGGGAGUCUGGACAAUGAGGACAAGAUAACAGAGCUACAGACAGAUGAGGCAGAAUUACCUGGCCUGGGGGACAGUGGCCUCAGUAGUGAAAUCAACUCAAUCAAUGCCACAAUUCAGGAGCUGGUGAGGGAGAACCAACAGCUGCACAAGUUUCUUCAAGGGAUGACCUCUGAGUCUUUACUGAAAGUUGACCAGGAAAAGCUGGCUCUUGAGGCACGGCUUCAGUCCCUGGACAAAGAGAACCAGUCACUUAAAAUCUCUUUGGAUGAGGAACAAGAGUUAGCUCACAGCAUGGCAAAGGCCCCCAAGGGUGUUAAGUUUUCAAUCAGUGAAGAGAGUGCUGAACAGGAGAGUGACAGAGAGACAAAGGAAGCCAAAAUGAACAAAGUCAAGGAUAGUAGUGAACCUGAUUCAAUCUCUGAAGCACUCACUUUAUCAACCAAGGCUGAAAAUGAUGCCCAGAAACCUUCAGUGAGUGGCAGUGAGCCUGCGAGCUCUGCCAGGGAGGGAGAGGAGGGAGCAGCUCAAUAUUCACCCCAUGACACUGUGAGUCAUCUUAGAGCAGAAAUUGAGCGCCUGACAAAUCAAAACCAGCAGUUGGUGAAUAUAAUUGAGAAAGAAAGGAAUGUUGGGAGUGGUGAGAGAGAUUCCCCAAGGAUGCUAAAAAGCCAGAGUAUAAAUGAAGAGGUGAGCCUGUGCUCCACGGGCGAAAGUCUGACAGACCAGAGCAAUGUGACAAGGGAAAUGGAGAAGCUGCAGCAAAAGAUAAAAAAGUUAGUGGAGGAGAAGGAGAUUCUGGAGUUCAAGCUAAGCAGGGAGGCUUCAGAGAGGGACUUUGAGAGCACUCGUCUGGAGGCUAGAAUACAGAUCCUCAAUGACAAGAACCAAAUGCUAACACAGAAGCUCCAGGACUGCGGCAACUUGAGUAAAGCCAAAAAGACAGAGAUAAGUUGCCAGACAGAUACCCUGGGCCUAAAAUCUAAUGGAACAGUGCUUGUACAUGAUGUAGAGAAUGGACAAAUUGAAGAGACCAGCAUUGAGAAACAAAGUAAAACCAGCACAUCAGCUGUCAGUCAGAAUAGCAAAGCACAGCAUAAUUAUGGCUCCCCUGAUAAAUUGAUAACCUCUACUACCAGCAAAGCAUCACCCCCUGUCAGUGCUAAAAUUACAGUUUCAUCUGCCUCAGAGAGAAGGGCUGAGGAGAUUCUUGAAAAAGGCAAUGGAAGACAGCACACAGCCACUCUCCCUGAGGACUCACUCUAUUCUCGUCCUCAUCUGAAGGACCUUCCGCUGAGCAUGUUUAGCUCUGAUGAAAACAUAAGCACUGAUGAUGACAAAAUAAGCCUAAUCAGGACUCCUAGAGAAGAUACACAUAAUAGUCAUUCUUUAGAGGCUCCUCCUGUUAGUGUCACAGAAGCCAGCAUUAUUCCUGGUGACAUCCACCAUACCAUUGAUGUGAUGGGGAGGAUGGGAAGUGGGGCAACAGGGCUAGAAAGUGUCAGUCAUAGCAAAGGCUUUCCCAGUGAUGGCAGUAAGCAGGGUUCUCAAAUACAACAACUGGAGGUAUUAGUGUCCCAAAAUAAAGCUAUUGCCACCAGUCUGAGUGAACUGAAGACUUUAUCAAAGAUGUCCGAGAGUAACCGAGAAGCAGCCUUCACCAAAAUUAUGGAGGAAAAUGUCAGAGUGAUGCAGAAUAUAGGAGAGAAGCUUGUCUCUGCUGGACAGCCUCCCUCCUCCACAGAACCUGAUGCCAGAUUCACCAAGCUUUCCCAUGAAAACCAAGAGCUGAAAACAACCUUGCAGCAGCAGCAGAAGAGGAUUGAAACUCUAAUCAACCAAAACAGCUCCCUGGAAAAGAAGCUUCACGUGGUUCAGCGAGAACACAAGGAGGGAAGAAGGAGAGAGGAUGCCAGGAGCACAGCCAGCAGUGACUCUUCUCACCAAGAUGAUGAUACACUGAACACAAUGGAAACUAAAGGGAAGAAAAGCAGGAAACUUUCCAAGGAAGGUCUGAGUGAUGCAUCUGUGGACAGCUUAUCAAGUGAGAAGCAAAGGGAGUCUGUGGAAACAUCAAGAGUGUCAAUCAUUGAGAAGGAACAGCCCAUCAAGUCUUUAAAUACAGGUCAAGCUUCGUCUUCAGUACAUGCGAGAGGAGAAGGCUCAAGGCCAAUUUCUCCAUCACCGGACCAAGCAGACAGUAGCAGGAGUCAGGUAGAGGGUUCUCAGCAGAGUGGCAGCAGUGAAUCCAGCAGGAAGGAGUCGCCUGGCUCAGCACGGGAAAAGAGGAGGAGGAGCAGCACUGUUCUUGACCCUGAAACACAGCAACUCAUUGAUUCUGCUCUCAGGAAGGAUAAGGAGAAAAGGAUGCACCUUUUGGAAGAGGCUGAGAGGGAGAAAGUGGCAUUGCAGGAGCGUAUCAUGACCCUGGUGCAGGAGAAUGACACUCUUGCAGCGAGGCUUCAGGAGGUGGUGAAUGUGUCCAGGAAUUUGAGUGGCCACAUGCACUCUGUCAAAGACCAACUGGAGAAGGUUGAGGCCGAGAAGGAUGACCUGCACAGGAAAGUCAGGUCCUUGGAGGAUGGGCAUGAAGACAGUUCCCUCAGCCUCUCAGACUCCAUCAGCAGCUCACGCCUCACUCAGCGUCUGAAGGAGAGGAUACGCAGCUUGCAGAAUGAGGUGGAGCGAGGGUGGCAGGAAGCCCACCAGCGCACUGUGGAGCGAGACAAGGCCAUGGCGGAAAAGGAGAGUCUGGAGUACACCUCAAGCAUCGCCAUCAACACUGCCAGGAAGGAGGCUGAGAGCUUGAGGGAACAGUUGGCAGCCUUACAGGAGGAUAGGGAGAGGUACUCACUGGAACAAACUAACCUCAAGAAUGAGCUGGAGAGGAAGUCAGUGAUGGCCAAAGCUGCUCAGGAUACCCAAGCAAGCCACCUGGAAAGAUUGGUGGAGGCUGAGAGAAGGAUUGAGAGCAUGCAGAAUGUCCUGAAGAGGCUUGAGGAGCAGCUUGCAAAGGAGGAGCUGGCAAGGAAGAGUGCAGAAGAAGAGCUGGAGAAGGUGAAGGCGAGGAGCAAAAGUAUGUCAUCUCCUUGUGAGUCUGAGAGAGAGAGGACGGCCUUGGGUGGGGAGCAGCAGUGGGCCAGCACCAUAGCUCACCUCAGGAAUCAGCUUCAGCAAGAACACCUUCAGGUCCGUCUGCUGGAGGCGGGGGAGCAGGAGAGCAGUGCACGUGUCCUGACUCUGCAGCGGGACAUUCGUGAUGCUCUAGCAGCAAACCAACAGCUACAGGACAAAUACAACCAGCUGCGUGCCGCCUAUAGGGUCAAGAGAGCUGAGAAAACCAGUCACCGUGAAUUCUCGCAGCACUACACAACUCAAGUGAAGGAGCUUGGUAAGACUACAGCUGCCCUGGAGGAAAGCUUCAAGGUGAUGCUGAGUGCCCUGGGUGAAAGCAUUGAGGUGACAGUGGAGUUGUUUGCCUCACACGUCUUCCUCACUCCUUGCCUGACACACCCUGGGCCUGUCAUCCACCAGGACCCUGAGGCAUGGUUUGGGGCACAGCAGGGACGUCUCAGGUGGUUGCAGAACCAACUCCGAAAGCUGUGUCUUCACAACUGGAAAACAGGAAAUCUUCCUAGGACCUCGAAUCUUGAUGUAUCUCAAUUCGAAGUGUCUUUUAAUGAGAGUCAGAUUUCACCUGCUGCUGGAAGGUCACAAGAAAAGAGAGAGGGAGAACAGAGGGCAGCAGGGAGAGCCUCCAGGACACGACAGCCAGAAGGGAAAGUAGAUCUACUAUCUGAGCUCUCCAUCCUUGAUGAGAACAGAUCCUACACCAGCACACCAGUGAGGAGAUCAAGUGCUUCAGACAUCUCACUCAGCACAGCUUUCUCACCAACCAAAUUUGGUGGUGAGGCAAAGCAUUCAACCCUAAAGCCACUUCCUAAAUUUGAGGAAGUAAAAUCAAGUGGAAUGACUCCAAGAGUGCAACAGGGCUCCUUGUAUUUAAGUGAAGCAGAGCGCAUAUUGACAAGUCAGCAGAGGGAGCUAUCAGAGGUCAAGCACAGGCAGUAUAUAGCCAUUAUUCACAGUCUCCAGCAAGAAAUAGACCAGUCCAUGGCUCCAUCACCCAGUAUUCCCUCCUCCAUAUUCACAACACCAGAGAAAAAGACUGUGAAGUACCCUCAGAACUUGAUGGAGGAGGAGGAUGAUGACAGUCUAAGCUCUGGAAUGUCAUUGGCAGAAGUUUAUCGUUCCCAGGCUGUGUCUCCAACAUCUGGCUCACCUUCAGGAGCAGAGUCUUCCACAUCAACACACAGCUUCUCAGGAAACAGUGUUAAGAAUGUAACUCACACUCCCAAAGAAGAACAAGAUUCCCAAAGCUCACCUGAGAAGAAACUCGGCGCUGAAAGCAUGGUAUCUCCCAAGACCAAAGAUGACUUCCAGGAAUGCCCACAGGAGCUAGAAAAUGGAGUGAACACCAAACAGAGCUCCAGGUCAUCUUCCAGGUGUUCUCUCAUCAAGUCAUCCUUAGAGGAGGGUGUCAUAGGGGGGAAGGGGGAGGAUGUUAAGCAAGUCAGGAGCAGCAGCCUCAAGGAAGAUGAGCAGAGUCAUGGCCUGGAUGUGGACAAGGACAGGGACAGCUGGGAGCAGGAGGAGGUGGAGGAGGACUUUAUCCGGACAUUGGUUCACAUCAUUGCCGUUGUGCUAAGAGCAACUUGAGCCACAGACUGUGGGAUUCGUUGGGGUUAUGGCAGCUCUGAACAUCCCAGGAUUAACUUAGAUGGUAAGCUUUCUUUCAUUUUUUUCUAUCUUUUGGACAUCAUCAUUACCAAUAGUACCAUUUUGUAUUCUGAGGGGUCACUUUCAUCUCAUUACUCAUUGUAAUAAAACACCUAAAUUCAAAAGUUUAAUAUACUGUACUAUAGAUUCCUCAAAGGUUUAAGCACACCAACAUUUAUAAAUUGCACUGUGUACCAAGAAAGGCAAGCGUAUUAAGUGUUUGUAUGACAAUAGGUUGAAUGUUGUUUUGUAUCAACGUUUUUCAUGGGAUGAGUGAAAUCUGUGAGUUGUCCAGAUGUAGAUUUAAGCUCUUUGACUCGUCCAUGACAGUAUUGUGUUCAUAUUAAUGUGGAGGCCAAGUUGUAUCUGCCUUUUGAUGCUGCACAUUUAAUACAUUUCAGAUGCACACUCAGUGUUGUAAGGUAAGGGUAGUAUAUUAAAAUUAUUUUAAUAUUUAUUUUCUGUUGAGGAAUGGAGCUUUUCCCUCUCCAUAAUCAAAAGUAAUUCUGAUUGGCCAUCAUAAUCAAACAUAAAUUAAUAAGUGCCUCCCCCUUUCAACUUUUAAGACUGAUCAAUUUGAUGGGUAAGGUCCUCCUUACCCUGCCAGUAAUAUUACUGGUUAAUUUGAUGAGCUAGUCCUACCCUCUGCCACUCCAGGCAGAUAUAAUUGUAUAAAAAAUUCAUCAAAUAUGGCUUCUAAAUGGAAGGCAGCAGUACUUUAUUAUCUCAGCUAAAAAUAAAACAAAAACUUAGUAGCAUAAUGCAUUUAGAUCUUCAUCAUACAUACAAAAAUUAUUGUUAUCAUUCUGGUGUAAGAAGGGGAGAGAUUCUAAAAGAUAUGGUAAAAAAUCAACAUGACUUGAGAUACAAGAACAAUGGCAAUGCAAAGUGUAUUGUUGACUGUUGAGGAGGUUCUAGGCAGCUUUUUCCCUUGCCUGUGUAAUGUGAUAACUAUAUUUCAUUCCUUUCCUUUUGUACCUGAAGUUUGGUGGGCAAUGCAAGCCGUCCAGAAACUUGUGGCCUGAAUUGGCCCAGUGAUAUACUGUGCAGGUGUUGCAGAGAGAGAGAACUAGCUGUUUUCCUUAUAAUCAAAAUGUCAUUAUUUAUACUACUGGUACUGAGAAUUUGGAAGAGCAAUUUGGAGUGCAUUUUUUUAUGUGAAUGGAAUGGAAUUGUAUACGGAUUCCAUCUUUUAAAUGAUUUUAUGCAGA